AGCUGGCUCCGACCCAAGACGGCAAAUUUGAUGCAGUCCUCAUCACUAACACCGUACCCAUGUACCCAGCAUUCAAAAGAAUAUGGAGCUACUUCCAGAAGACUCUUGUGAAGAAGUAUGCCAUGGAGAGAAAUGGGCUCAACUUGAUUUGUGGGCCCAUAUUUGACUACGACUACGAUGGCCUGAGAGACUCGGCAGAGAAAAUUAAACAGUAUGGAAGUGGUUCAGGGCCCAUUCCAACCCACUACUACUGUGUGAUAACCAGUUGUCUGGACUUCACCCAGGCUGAGGACAUCUGUACUGGACCUCUUAGCAGCUCUGCCUUCAUCCUACCACACCGCCAGACAACUUGCAGAGCUGCAGU